AUGGAGGCUGCAAAUCUCGAAGGGCAAGCUUCAACUUCGACAAAUGUCCAGGUUUCUAUUAAAAGUUAUCUAAAAAGAUGAUGCUAUUUUUUUCAAGAAAUAUGAAUUCUGUGUUGCGUGCCAGUCCAUGAUUCCUACAGAGUCUUUCCAAGCUCACGUCGUCCGAAAAGAACUUUUUGGAGUCUGUGACAAACCGUCAACUAACUUGGAAGGCCUCAUCUUGUGCAAACCGGUAAGUUUUAUUCUAGAUCCUCCAAAAACCUAGAAAUUCAGUGUGGCGCAUAUUUCUCCAUUGUCACGUAUCGUAUUCAUCUUCAUAAGGUUCACAGCGCUCGAUGUACUGUAAGGAAAGAAGUAUUCAAUUGCGAAAAAGAUUUUUCAGUGGGUAAAAAACUUGAAAAGCUUUCUGAAAAUCACUUCAGGUGUUCCGAACGCAAUUACAAAGUUUGGGGACCAAGUUUCGCAAAACUUCCGGCUUUUCACAUCAUGAAGUUUUUUAUCUUGCUUAAUUUUCAUCGUUGAUUUUGUUUCAGGGCGUUGUUUAUGAAAAUUAUCGUUGUUUUCAGUCUCAGGCUCGUGUAAUCGCGCCGAAUUCGGAGAAGGUUUGAAUAUUUUGAAACAAAAAAUUAAUCAUUAGAAAAAUUACAGGAAGUUCCUUUGUUUGUCAGAGAAGAGUUUUGCACAGCUUUCCUCAACAAACACACCGCCGAGGAUGGGUGCGUUUUUCAAUGUUCUGAAAUUUUAACUUAAAUCGGUUACGUGGAUUGAAAACAGAAAAUUUGCAGGAAAAUAACAGUUCUCUACUGUGUUCACCACUUACACGAUGAUCCAGAUACCAAGUUUCCAGACAAAUUUUGCGAUAGAGUUUUGGAAAUGCAAGAGCUCGAGUAUCCAGUUUCGAGGAUGGUGAGAGAUCUAAAAGGUUUCUUUUGAAUCUUAUGGAAUAAUUUCCACAGUAUGUGAGGAAGAAAAAUACAUAGAAAUCCGUUUAAUAUCUGAACUAUAAUUUAUUCGCCACGACUUUUUUUUCUGGCACCCAAAAAAAAAGAAGAAAAAAAAUAUUGAUUUUUUUUUGCUCCUGAGAUUGUUCAAGCAACCUCCUAUUAGAAUUUGAAAAAUUAGUUCGAAAAAAAGGAAAAAAAUAAAACUUCAGCUGAAGCUGACAAUUUCGCGGAGCCGGGAACGGAUACUCAUCGACGGAUUCAAAGCUUGACAGUGACUCUAUUGAAGAAAGUUUGCUUCAAUGUCAUGAAGAAAAAGUUAGUUUUUUUCUUUUUAUCUUGGUCUUGGCCCGAAAAAAAUUUCUCUUAUUGUUUUCGUUCAUGUCAGAGAUUAUCCCUCAGUUUUUCACUAGAAACUUUCCAUUUUAUAAUUUUAGCAUAUAAUUUUAAGGUACAUUAAAUCGCUAUCAUAUUUUUGAAUUCAAAAAAACGAAAAAAAAAAUUGAAAAAUGUCUCAAAACGGGCUGAGUUAUAGAAAUUUCAUAAUUUUUUUUAAGAAUGGUAUUUGUCUCAAACUUGCGGCCUCCUUCCAACAGUCGCCUUUUCCGACAAAAUCGCCCCUGCUGACGUUCCAUUCCUCAAGAAACUUUAUGGUAAUUUUUCGCUCAAAUCUCAUCAAACAAUGAUUUUCAGCAAUGGAAAUCAAUUACAAGAAAACGAUGGCAAGGAUUGA